AUGGUACCAGUGAAAAUUGGUAUGGUGGAGGAGCGAUUAUUUUUGACACAGACUGACCAUCUGGAUGCAAUAUACCAUACUCCACAAAGGAGGCAUUUCGAAUUUCAGGGACUUCCAAGAAGUGAGAAAUGCUUUGAGGAAGAGAGACAAGCACUUCUCUCUUUCAAGCACCAUCUUACUGAUCCUGCUGGUAAGAUUUCUUCUUGGGUGGGACAUGAUUGCUGUCAAUGGAUUGGGAUUUCAUGCAACAACCUCACCGGUCAUGUUGCUAGGAUGGACCUCCGAAACACAAUUACAUAUCCCCUUUUUGAUGAAAAGACGGGAUUGUUGACUUACCGACGGUCUUGCUUGGCAGGUAAGUUAAAUCCUUCUUUGCUUAGCUUGAAGCAUUUGUAUUACCUAGACCUAGGUUGGAAUUGUUUCAAAGAGAUUCCAAAGUUCAUUGGGCAGCUUAAAAGUUUGAGGUAUCUCAGUCUAUCCUCUGCAUCAUUUGGGGGUGAGAUUCCUUCUUCACUUGGUAACCUGUCAAACUUGAAUUACCUUGACCUUAGUUGUGAGCACCCCUCAUGCCCUUCAUAUUCGAAAAACUUGAAUUGGCUUUCUCAUCUCCCUUCCCUCAAAUAUCUCGACCUUGGAGGAGCAAAUCUUAGUAACAAUGCAUUAAAUUGGCUACAUGAUGUUAACAUGCUUCCUUCAUUGUUAGAGUUGCAUUUAUCUGCAUGCAGCAUUAAAGAAAAUCUUCCCAUCUCACUUGAGACGGUCAACUUCACAUCCCUUUUGGUCCUUGAUAUGUCAGGUAAUCACAUCAAUUCUUCAUUUCCCAGCUGGCUUUUUAAUCUUUCGAGCCUUAGAAAACUUGAUCUGAGUCGAAAUUCUUUCAAUGCUCCCAUUCCUUUGGAAUUUGCAAGCCUAAAAAGUCUAGAAGAUCUCGAUUUAUUUGAUACUGGCCUCCAGGGUCAAAUUCCCAAGCUCUUCGGAAAUUUGUGCAGACUAAAGAAAUUACAUCUUAGGUUAAACUACCUUGAGGGGGGAGUCAAAGAGGUUUUGAAUGGUUUCUCAGAUUGUAAAAAUGCUAGUUUAGAGUCACUAGAUUUGUCUGGUAAUAUGCUGGAAAGCGAAUUACCCUCUUCGCUGGGAAUGCUAAAAAAUCUGCAGCAUCUUGACCUCUACCAGAACUAUUUUUGGGGCUCAAUUCCAGAAUCCAUUGGAAAUUUAUCAACCUUGAAAACACUGGACCUCUCUUUGAAUCGUAUGAACGGGUCAAUACCAGCAAGUUUUGGACAACUCUCUCAGCUAGUUGACCUUGAUCUGUCUUAUAAUUCAUGGGAAGGCACCUUAACUGAAGCUCAUCUCAUAAACUUGACAAGGUUGGAGUCUUUUGCAUUGAGCACAGACCGUCCCAUGCCCCUCAUUUUUAGUGUGACUAAUUAUAAGUGGGUUCCUCCUUUCAAGCUCCACAAAAUUGAGAUCUACAAUUGCCAAAUAGGUCCUGCCUUUCCCAUAUGGCUACAAUCUCAAACUCAACUCUCAUAUGUGAUCCUUAGUCAUACUGGAAUCUUGGAUUCCAUAUCGCAGGAGUGGUUCUUGAAAAUUUCUUCCCAAGUUGAAGUUUUGGAUUUAUCUUACAAUCAGAUUCCUGGAAAGCUACCAUUCCAAUCCAAAUUUCCAAAGUUGAUUUUAAUAAAUCUGAGUAAUAAUCAAUUUGAUGGCCCUCUUCAGCUUUUGUCCACCAAUGCAUCUUUGGAUAGUCUUCAUGAUAGUUCACUUUCCCAGCCUAUUCCCUUGGAUUUUGGAGAACUGUUGCCCAAGUUACAGAGUCUGUAUCUUUUUAACAAUAAUUUGAAAGGUACCAUUCCACCCUCUAUUUGUAGCAUAAAAGGUAUGUACAUCCUUUCACUAAGAAACAAUAAGUUAUCUGGAGAGUUUCCUCAAGCAUGGGGUCUGUGGAAAGAAAUAAAUGUUGUAGAUGUAGCAUACAACAAUCUCUCUGGUAAUAUUCCGAGCUCAAUGGGUAUCCCAAGGACUCUUGUUGUAUUGAAGAUGAACAACAAUAAUUUUGGUGGCAAAAUUCCUUCUUCCUUGCAUAAUUGUUCUAAGUUGAGCAGACUUGAUCUUGGAGGCAACAAAUUCACUGGAAUAUUGCCUUUGUGGAUAGGAUCAAAGCUGGCCGAAUUGCAAAUGCUACAAUUGCGAUCAAACUUCUUAAGUGGACACAUCCCUCAACAAUUGUGCAAUCUUUCCUACCUCCACAUCCUAGACCUUGCUCACAACAACUUUUCUGGGACCAUUCCCAAGUGUUUUAAUGGUAUGACUUCUCUAGUCAAUGAAGAUGGCUAUUUAUUGGGAGCCUAUAUUUAUGAGGAAACAACAGUAAUAUUGAAAGGAAGAGAAUUCAAAUAUAGUGACAUGAUUAUGGAAUAUGUAAAGAGCAUUGAUCUUUCAUCAAAUAAUUUAGAAGGUGAAAUCCCGGAAGAAAUAUGCAGUCUCAUUGAGUUGGGUACCCUGAACUUGUCAAGGAAUCAAUUAAGUGGAAACAUUCCCUCUAAGAUUGGGAAUCUAUCUUGGUUAGAGACCCUUGAUCUUUCACACAACCACCUCAUGGGAGAGAUUCCUCAAAGCUUUUCUUCGUUGACCUUCUUGUCUUACUUGAACUUGUCUUACAAUAACUUGACUGGAAGAAUUCCUUUGGGCAAUCAACUCCUGACGCUUGAUGAUCCAUCUAUUUACGAGGGCAAUCCAUCACUGUGCGGGUUUCCUCUUUCAACAGAUUGCCUGGGAGAUGAGAUACCUGAAGAACAAUUUUCUUCUGGAGGAGGCAAUAAAGAUGAAGAUAACAAUUCAAAGCUUGGUUUCUAUGUUAGCAUAAUUCUCGGGUUUGUCGUAGGCUUUUGGGGUGUUUGUGGCACAUUACUGAUAAAGAAGUCAUGGAGGUAUGCAUAUUUUCGGUUCUUUGACAACAUCAAAGACAGAGUAGCUAGCAGUUGCAAUGGAAGUGCAUGGUUUGCAAAGGAAACUUGAUUGGCAGAAGAAGCAAUGAAGGUGGCUUAACAAGAUGCAUGCUACAUACAUGCAGCAACUAGAAAUACAUGUUCCUUUGCUAAACAGAAUAGCUAACUUUCUGUUUUUCCUUUGUUCUCUUUUCCAUCUGUUUACAAUGUUUCAAUAAAAGAUUUACAUGUUCUGUAGCAACGAGAAAUAC